AUGCCUGCAAUGUCAUCCAGCUCUUCCCAACCGAUCGUUAUCCCUCCUCUCACAACAGAGGAAGAGGACCAAAUUAUCCUUACUCGAAUAACGGUCGAUGAACGCCCUCUUCGACGCAUAAUCAAGAAGUUCCACACCUACACCUCGCUCUCGCAUGCACCCAUUGUUCCUGUUGUCACAACGGCACCUGCAAUUCCAAACUCCGUUGAAGAUGCCCGAGAAGCAUUCAUUGUGGAAUUGGCCUCGUUUGAACUGUUGAUGAAGAAAACUGCCAUGAUAUGCGAGGCUGAGACGCGACAGGUGGAGGAAUACCAGAGGGAACGACUACGACUAGACAAUGAACGUGGCACUCUGAAAGCGCAGAUUGAAGAGCUAAAAACUGCCUUGGAACACGCUCAAAUGUUACGCCGCAGAAAAAUCGAGUAUGAUCUCGUUGCAGAGAAAGUUAACACACUUCCUGCCAGAGACGAGCUUGAAUCAACGAUUAGGGCUUUAGAAAACGACAUGGCUGCAAUACGAGCAGAACACGACACCCAGAACCGCAUCAUUCAAGGACAGAAGUCUGCGCUCGAUGGAAUCAUUGCAGAGCUCAGCCAACUGGGAUUCAUGGGCAAAGAACCGGAAACUGCAUCUAUUCCUCAAUCCCUGCGCGCAACGCCUGCCCUGGACAUACAAGAAGCAGCCUCCGUAGAAAGUAGUUUGCCUUCAGCCAAUGCCGGUGAAGAAACAGAAGACGACAAAAUGGUGUCUGACUCAGCUCCUCCAACGGUUGUCAAUGAAGGUCUGAUUGAGGAGAACGACAUCGAGAUGGGGGAGGUUGAAGAAGAGCCGAAGGAUAAAAGCAAGAAGAAAUCCCGGGAGGAACUAGAAGAGGGCGAGGCAACAGAUGCUAGCAGCGAACUUUCAGAACCACCGGACGACUGA